GAUCCGCUGCCGGCCUCUCUAUUUGGCCCCUCGCUGCCGUUACUCACAUUGCAGCCAUGGCCUCCGGGACACCCUUGUCUCCUGAGGAUCUUCUGCUGUCCAAGAGUGGUACGGGGAAGGCCGAGGAACUGGAAGGGGAGAUAGAGGACGACGACGAGGAGCUAGAUGAGACACUGGCAGAGCGGCUUUGGGGUUUGACAGAGAUGUUCCCAGAGAGUGUUCGUUCUGCAGCUGGAGCUACUUUUGAUGUGUCCCUUUCUGUAGCCCAGAAAAUGUACAGGUUCUCCAGGGCAGCUUUGUGGAUUGGGACCACUUCCUUCAUGAUCCUAGUUCUUCCUGUUGUUUUUGAAACAGAGAAACUCCAGAUGGAGCAGCAGCAGCAGAUGCAGCAACGGCAGAUUUUAUUAGGACCCAACACAGGAUUGUCUGGAGGAAUGCCAGGUGCUUUGCCUUCUCUUCCUGGGAAGAUGUAAUGAAGCUACAUUGAGCCGUAUCAUGGCAGGAAAUGUUGAAAUCAUUUGUCUGAGCUGUUUGAUUAGGCUGGGCAUUUUUUCUUUAAAUCUUGGAACAUUUACCUGUUCACAAUGGAAGCAGAACCCCACUCUGGAUCUCCUGAAAUAGCCUCACUUCCCAUUUUUAGGCAGUCAUGACUUUUCCAUCUACCUCCUCAGUCGAUGUUAUAAGCAAUUACAAAUAUUUUAGAAGUUUUGUUUGGUAUCCUUACUUCCAGUGAACCACCUCAGGACACAUCAGAUUCUGGUUAACUUCAGCCAGUUAUAUUGUCUAUGUAAAUAGUCCUGUGUUACUCCUGUUAUAUACGACCCAUUUCAAAGCAAGCAGGUGGUAUAAUAGAUGGAGACCCUAUCAUACACUAAAUUCUAUGUAAUGAAGUACCUAAAAUUGCAUAUCCUACAAUGUAUUGUUUGAAAAGAAAGGAAAGCAGGAAGUCAUUUUGGCUAACUCGCCAUGCUGAAUCUAUUGUUGUUGAAGUCAGUCACAAAAUUUUUGUAUUAAAUAGUUUCAGUGAACUCA